AUGGCGGCGCCACCGCCGGAGCCGCCGAUCCUUCGAACCCCGGAUGAGCUCCUCGAGGAGAUCUUCCUCCUUCUCCCCACUGCUGCCGACCUAGCCCGCGCCUCCCUGGCGCGCGCCUCCUUCCGCCAUCUCAUCACCGGCCACGCCUUCCUCCGCCGCUACCGCACCCUCCACCCGCCCCCUCUCAUCGGCGUGCUCGAUGUCGACGACAGUACCUUCUUCCCAGCCCAGCCUCCGCACCCCUCCGCCGUCGCCGCCCGCACUUUUGCCGGCUUCGACUUCUCCUGCUCCUCCUUUCUCCCCUCCACCGCCGGCCGUACCUGGAGGGCGAUUGACCUCUUGGACGGACGCGUCCUCCUCGGCGGCGCCCCAGAGGAGGCGUGCGACUUGGAGCACCUCCAACUUUUGGUCAGGGAGCUCGCUGUGUGCGAUCCCGUGUUCCGCCGCUACAUCCUGCUGCCUGCCGUCCCCGGCGACCUGACGGCACUGGUCCCUGAACCGGAGGACCUCCUCGAUUUGGACACUUUCCUUGCUCCCGGCGAUGAUGAGGAGGACCCUUUAUCAUUCAGGGUCAUGUGCUUGGUGCGAUGCAGAAGGAAUAUGCUGCUCCUCGUCUUCUCCUCUGUGAAUGGGCAAUGGCAUGCUCUUACAUUUGACCAAUGGAGUGUUCCGGGUACAUUUGACCCAUAUAAGGAUGGGCUGUUAAAUCGUCAAUUAGUCGGCCGAUGCUUCUGUUGGCAUCCACCUUUCCUCAACAAGUUGCUUCUGCUCGACACGCGCUCCAUGGAGUUCUCUGCUAUCAGCCUCCCACCCUAA